CGUUCCUGUAUGCUGUCGUUCGCAACACUAAAGAAAGAUAAAAAAUCGUAUGUCAAUGUCCCGACCGUGCCUCGAGACCAUUCCUCAGCUACAAGUUCUUCCACAAAAGACCCAGUGGACGUUACAGGAAACGAGCCUACCUUUCACGAAGCGCGCGAGCGCUUAUAUACUGCUCUUCCAAACUGGAUAGAAAUUCGUACCUCGGCAGCAGAGGGUAGAGGGUUAUGGACAACGCAGGCAUUGAAAGCUGGGAGUACUGUAUUAUCUGCGAAACCGCACAUACAUACCAUUUCGAACAAAUAUCUUGAUGGUUGUUGUUCCGCUUGCUUAUCGCACGGUACCCCCGAAUCUAACCUUCGGGGGUGCACAAAGUGUAGAGUGGUUCGAUAUUGUAACUCGGAAUGUCAAAGAACGGACUGGUCGUUACACAAGCUUGAAUGUGCUGCUUUACAGAAAUGGUUCCAAGCCUCGGAAAAUAUUGAUCAACCACCUAGCGAUGCUGUACGCUGUAUCGCAAGAUUGCUUUGGAAAAAACGGAAGAAGGGUCGGGACUCCGUGUGGGCAAAGGAGAUUGACUACAUGCAAUCACAUCGUCUCAUUGUCUCGAAGGGGAGCGACCUCGACACCAAGAGCAUUGAGAACCAAACUCAGCUUGCACAUAGCUUAGUACAAUACCUUGGCGUUACAACCCCUCGGGAACUUUCAGAACAGUUUGGUAUCGACAGUGCUGGCGAUAUGGUGGAUAUAAUCUCAAAGUUUACAACAAACACUUUCUCACUUGCUGACCCGUCGCUUACACCGAUUGGGGCCUGUGUCUCUCCUUCCGUCGCGCUUUUCAAUCAUUCAUGCGAUCCAAACAUCGUGGUCGUAUUUCCCGGCGCCGAGAACGAGAACGGUAACAAGAAAGGGCAGCCGAUCAUGAACGUAGUCGCCAUUCGAGACAUCUCACCUGGAGAGCAGCUACUCACGGCCUAUAUCGACACCACUCUGCCUCCUUACUUGAGACGAAAGGCUCUCGAAGAAGCGUACUUUUUUACGUGUCAUUGCCAUCUAUGCGACGGAAAACCUGGUCGGUGCAAGGACAAUAACGAUAAUAAGAUGGACAUCGACACGGUGGCUACAGAUCCUAGGGAAUCACUGUGGUGCCCGAACAAUUGUGGUGGGAUGUGUCCACUUCCCAGCGUCGAAUCUGAAGAUCUGAGUGGCGUGUCCACAUCGUGUGCAACAUGCAAGACACCCUUACCUUACCUGGCUUUAGAAGAGGUGCUUGAUGCUGUACGUAUAGGAAAGGAAGGACUGGAGAAGGCUGAAAGGCUGCAGUAUACCGAACCCGCCCAAGCUAAGAGGUUGACAACGAACCUCAUCCCGCUCCUGACUUCCGCUGGUCUUUCCCAUUCGGCACAUCCCUUACUCGCCCUGAUGAGACUCAACCAAGUUUUUCUUAUUGACGAGCUUCCGAGCCUCAUGACCGAACUCACGCCUGCGGAUUCUCCUUCCAAAGAUCAAGGACAGGAAGUCCUGGUUUCACCCGAUGCGCAAGCUUUUUCAAAGGGACAACAGCAAAAUGCUCAAGAGCACCUGGAUGAGUGUAUUCGAAAUGGCAGUAAAAUCGUGGCAGGCUUGAGUGCCAUCCUAAGUCCCGGCCAUCCUGUGAUGGGUAUUGCAUUGGCGGAACUAGGAAAGCUGUUAGCUGUCGAUGAAGUUUUCGUUGUUGACUCUACUGAUACCUCUGCACAAUUCCCUCCCAGCGGCCCAGCCCGCCUCAAGCUCGCGUAUGAUACACUCAUGCGAGCACGAGCUUCCCUACGGAUUGGCUUUGGGUCAAGGAAUGAAGGUGGAAAGGUCGGAAGGGAAGUACGGGAGAUUUUGGUGAGGUUAGAGAAGGAGAUUGAAGUAUGGAAGACAAGGGUUAGAAAUGUGUUAGGACAGAAGACUAGUUGAACAGCUUCUAUACGUAUUGAUGUCUUUGCCAAGAGCCUCGAUCAAUCUAGCGUCCAUCUUCAUGUCAGAAACUACCUCAAAACACGU